AUGGCUGGUAUAGAAGAUAUUGUUGGCAGAUCUGGACAUAAUUCUUUAAGAGACAAAUUUGAGCAUUACAAUACGAAAUAUAUCAAACCAUUUUUAUUGAGAGAGAAGCCCAUGACAAGAGAAACUAAGAUAUUUAAAGUUUUUACAGAAAUUAACAUGCAGGACGCUUUAGACCAUAUUGCUCAGCACGGCCAUUUUAAAAAAUCACCUUCAGUGUCUAGAGAGCCAUCAUUAGCUCAAGUUAUACGAUCUUAUUCAACAACAUCACUUUGUCCAUCUUCUCAAGGUGAUGCAGGAACUAUUGUAGAUCAUAAAACAGUGUUAGAUAUGCAGGCUGUAGAUGUAUAUUAUAGUAAAAAGAUGGCUGACGAUAGUCGAAUACAUCAUAUUCUAGAAGAUGCUAUGUUUAAACCUAGAAAAACUUUUGUGAAAGAAAGUCAGUACCAAGUAUCAGAAGUUAACAAUCACCCACCAUUUAAACAUAAAGAAAGAUUACAGCUUCGCAGACUCAUCAGUCAAUCCUGCAGAACCAAACCAAAUCAAAAUGGCGUCAUAGUUCACAAUUCAUUUGAUGAUCAGAAACCUACAAAGGCUGUCAGUUUUAAUAAAUUUCCCAUUGGAGAACCUAUUAAAGAAACUGAUGAAGAAGGUGUAAAUUCAGCCCCUAAUUCACCAGAUUGUGAGAAUUCACCAGUCAAAUUUACUCUGGGGCCAUCUGAAUUAAAAUCAACUGAAGUACUUCAAACAACACCACCACCAACUAACCACUCUUCAGUGUUUGAAGUAUUUCAAUCCUCCAUUAGUGAUAAUCAUGAGAAGGAAAACGACACAUUACCUCCUCCUCCUUGGAAACAAAAUAAUGAUGAAAAUGAACCAAUCACAGCCCAUGUUUCCAAUGCAAUGUCCGAUAAAGCUAAUAAUGAUUUGCAAUCAUGUCAUCAUGACAACAAAUGUAUUCCGUCAACUCAUUCUGUGAUCAUUCCAAGUGAAUAUGGUGAUGAACUGCCCAAAAGUUCAGGACUUCCAGGAAGUGCUUCUGAUUCCGUUCUACCUAAACACUGGCAACCAAUAGAAAUGCAGACACUGCCUAAGAAGCGUUCUAUGGUGGAUGCUGAAGCAUUAAUGGAUGAAAUAGCAUUUCAACAUGAGGUUUCAUCACGAGUGCAAAAGUGGCUAGAAAAUAGCAACAGUGAUGUUGAUCCUGGAGAUCAGAAAAUGGAGGAUGUUGAACCAUGUGAUAAUGAUAUUGACAAUGAUGAUCAAUAUGAUUCAGAUAUCGAAACUAGCCAUCUAUGAUCAAAAUUAAUAGAAUUUAGGAAUUUAUUAAAAAUGAUUCUUUCAAGAAUUUAUAUUUGUUACAUUAAGAAUAUAAAAGACAAAAAAAUGCUAUUUACUAUGGCUAAGUUUUAGCUAAUUGCUUUGACUUUUUUUUAGGAGCAUCAUUGUUUAACUUUGAUCUCAAACUUGUUGCAAAAUGCUAUGUAUCAUUUUAUGUUUUUAUCAAACAUGGUUUUAUGCCAUAUAUCAUGGGUGACGGGUUGAAAUAUGACGGGAAAUUACUUUUCAAGAAAAACGCAAAAAAAUAAUUUGAGUACUCCGACCUAUUCAACCAAUAACUUGUAUAAUAGUAUAGUAUACGAGGUUUUUCGUUUUCAUCCGC